UUUUUUUCUUUCUCUUUUCUCUUUCUCCUUGAUUAUUUCAUAUGGAUCGUAAAUCUCGUACAUCUCGAUCUGCAACACUUGAUGAUACCAAUGAAGAAGUUAACCUAUGGAAACAGAUAUGCAACUCGCUUGCAAAAUUAGAGAGCCUUCAAAGAGAUACCACACAUUUAGUGACUAAUAUUAACAAUAUUCAUACUGCAUUAAAUUUCGAUCAAGGCGUUCCUGCUAAUGUAGGUCCGAGAUUGAUGGAAUAUUAUAAAGGUGGUAUUGAACUAUCAAGUAAUGAAGCCAAAAUUAUUCAUGAUAUUAUUGAGAAGUUAUCUGUUCUUGUAGCACUAAGAGAUGCUUCGGAAUAUGUCAUUGAUGCUAAAAGGAAGAAAAGAAAAACGGAACAAGAAGAUAGUCAACAGUUACACAAAAAGAACAAAAUAUCCAAUGGCAUAUUAUCUUACGGAACAUCGGUUGCCGCUAAACAACCUAAACAAAAAGACAAGAAUGAAGAAUGGAUAUUGGCUGUUGUCAUUAAUUACCAUACAGACAAGAACAAAUAUCAAGUUGAAGAUGUAGAUCAAGAUGAAUUUGGCCAAAAACAACGCUACAUGCUACAACCUCGCAAUAUUAUACCUAUUCCUAAUGCAGACGAAGCUAAAAGUCUAGCAGAAUUAAGCACUGGGCAAGAUGUAUUAGCGCUCUAUCCUGGCACCACUUGUUUCUAUAGAGCCAAAGUCAUUGCUCCACCCUCUAAGGUAAGAAAGUGAAUGAUAAACUAUAUAUUACUCAACUAGCAUUUAGAAUAAGGACAAUCACUUUGUGGGUAAUUACAAAAUUCAGUUUGAAGACGAUAAUAAUGAAAUCAAAUA